GCGGGCCGCGGUCCCGGGCUCGGGGCGGGCGCGCUGACCUUGCGGGCGCGGCGGCAGCAGCGCGGCCAGGGCACCGCUUUUGUUCCUCUCCUGAGGGCCGCGCCCGAGAGAGGCUUCCCUGGCGCCGCCGACUCCGGAACCCGCGCGCCCGCGGGAGGGGACAGCCAGGCCGGGCGGCCCCGGGGAGGGCGGCUCCGGCUGCACCCGCGCUCGCCUGGGGCUGGACAGGGUUCGGCGGUCCGGGCGCCGCGAUCCUCCCCGGCCUCCCUGAAACCCUGCCCGGGGCCCAGCGGGCGUUGCCAGCCGCGAGCCCGGCGCAGGGGUCGGCCCUGGAAGGCGAGGCGGAACCCACGGGGAGCAGGGCGGGGACCCCGGAGCUGGCGAGGGAGGGGCUAGAUUCUUUCCACCAUGGCCAGACGCCCCCGGAACAGCAGGGCCUGGCACUUCGUCCUGAGUGCAGCCCGCCGAGACGCAGAUGCCCGGGCUGUGGCUCUAGCAGGCUCCACUAACUGGGGCUACGACUCUGAUGGGCAGCACAGCGACUCGGACUCCGACCCCGAGUACUCUGCGCUGCCGCCAUCCAUCCCCAGUGCGGUGCCUGUGACCGGCGAGUCCUUCUGUGACUGUGCCGGGCAGAGCGAGGCCUCCUUCUGUAGCAGCCUGCACUCGGCCCACCGGGGCAAGGACUGUCGAUGCGGAGAGGAAGACGAGUAUUUUGACUGGGUCUGGGAUGACUUGAAUAAAUCAUCGGCCACCCUGCUGAGCUGUGACAACCGCAAGGUCAGCUUCCACAUGGAGUACAGCUGUGGCACAGCGGCCAUCCGGGGCACCAAGGAGCUGGGGGAGGGCCAGCACUUCUGGGAGAUCAAGAUGACCUCGCCCGUCUACGGCACCGACAUGAUGGUGGGCAUCGGGACAUCGGAUGUGGACCUGGACAAAUACCGCCACACGUUCUGCAGCCUGCUGGGCAGAGAUGAGGACAGCUGGGGCCUCUCCUACACGGGCCUCCUCCACCACAAGGGCGACAAGACCAGCUUCUCAUCGCGGUUCGGCCAGGGCUCCAUCAUCGGUGUACACCUGGACACCUGGCACGGCACGCUCACCUUCUUCAAGAACAGGAAGUGCAUAGGCGUGGCAGCCACCAAGCUGCAGAACAAGAGGUUCUACCCGAUGGUGUGCUCCACGGCAGCCCGAAGCAGCAUGAAAGUUACCCGUUCUUGUGCCAGCGCCACCUCCCUCCAGUACCUCUGCUGCCACCGCCUGCGCCAGCUGCGGCCAGACUCGGGGGACACGCUGGAGGGCCUGCCCCUGCCGCCAGGCCUCAAGCAGGUGCUACACAACAAGCUGGGCUGGGUCCUGAGCAUGAGUUGCAGCCGCCGCAAGGCCCCAGUGUCUGAUCCCCAGGCAGCAACCUCGGCCUGCCCCAGCAGUCGCGAGCCCCGGCCCUGCCAGAGGAAGCGCUGCCGCCGGACCUAACUUCCCAGUGGAAACUCUUCUUGGGCUGGGACAGCUGUUUCCUGCCCCUUCCUUCCAGCCACACUCCAGGGCGGAGUUGGAUGAGGCCCGUCUGGAGGGAGCCAUCGCUUGCCUCCCGAGGCUGGGACAGUCCUUUCUGUGGAGGCUCUAGGGACCCUCUGCUGCUGUGCUGGGUGGGGAAGCAGCUGCCCUGAGCCCCAGGUCUUGUGGGAGGCUGUGAGGAGAGCCUGGCUGGAGCCCGCCGUUGCCGUUCCCACAGGGACUCGGAUUUUCCUAACUUGCUCUGCAUGCUGUCGGCGGCUGCCCCGCCGUUGUAGACUUAAGUGACUGCAAUAAAUGUAGAGGUGAUGUCUAACACCCA